UCUCGCGAGAGGAGUCCGACCGAAGUUUCCCCCUAUUCUAUCCACUAGAGCUGCGUUCCCACCGGUUCACGGGUGAAAUGAAGGCUGUAAUCCUCGCCGCCGGGUACGGGACCAGGCUCCAGCGGGAUGUAGCAGCCGACAGCAGCGGGAGGUUCGCUCACCUGGCGGGCACUGCCAAGCCGCUGCUCCCGGUGGGACGCUGCGCCUUGAUAUCCCACUGGGUCCACGCGCUGACCGCCUCGCGCUCCGUGGACGGCAUAUAUGUUGUUACCAACGCUCUUUACCACGCUGCAUUUGAAGAGUGGGCGUCACAGUUCACAAAUGUCAAGAUUCUCAGCGAUCAGACCAGAAGCAACGAUGGCCGUCUCGGUGCUGUGGCCUGCCUGCAACUGGCAGUAAAGCACUUCAACAUAGAAGACCACGUCGUAGUAAUUGGGGGUGACACCCUCUUCAAAGAAGAUUUCAGCCUCGGUAAAGUAAAACAAAGGUUUUCCGCCCUCCAAGCCGAGUGUGAGGACAGCUGUCUGGUGCUCUCGUACCAGUGCAAAGACGAGGAAUGUCCUAAAUACGGGAUAUUGGAAGUAGACGGUGAUCUUCGCGUCCUCUGUAUGAAGGAGAAACCUCUUCCUUCUGAGACACAAUCAAGGAGAGCAUGUCCCUGUUUCUACGUGUUUUCAAAGAAAAGCAUUCCUCUGUUGGAUGCCUUCCUCGAGGAAAAGAAGGAGGCUCCAAUUGAUAAGAAAGAUGCCCCAGGAAUCUUCGUCUCUUGGCUCAUUCCACGGAAGCCAGUAUUCAUUCAUCAGAUUUCGGGGCGUUUCGACGUUGGAAACCUGCCGUCCUAUAUUGAAUGUGAUCUCUACUUCAGAGAAAAACUUCAAGAUGGCGGCUCCUACAUGGUGUAGAGGAAACCCCGUAUUUAUUAUACCACGCUAAAACCUGAUCCAAGACCAGCACAAAUCCAAUGGCCAAAUCCAGGAGUCUGUAACUGUGAAUUAGCCUUUAAAUAAUGUUUGUAAUUUCAU